AUCUUGAAGAUGGUCCUAAGGAUCCUUCAAAUAAAUCUCCACCACUGUAAAGCAGCAUCGGCUGCUCUCAUACUCCGCCUAGACGCAAGCGGAGCCGACGUAGUCCUGAUCCAGGAGCCUUGGGUGGUAGGAGGCAAGGUCUGUGGAUUGGGGACGAGGGAAUACAAGAUCAUUGUAUCCCAAAAUGAAGGUAAAAUCCGUACCUGCAUACUUGCUAGCGAUGGCGAUAACACGGCGGCAAGCCUAGAACUAAAAGGGAAUCAUCUCAGGCUGGUGGCGUCCUAUAUGGCCCACGAGGAGGAUGAUCCUCCGAACGACCUUGUUCGCAAAAUAGCCAGCGACAGCAAAAGGACGGACAAAGACCUACUUAUAGGUUGCGAUGCCAACGCCCACCACACCCAAUGGGGGAGCACGGACUCGAAUGUAAGGGAAUCGAGAAGAAGACGAAGGAGGCCAAUGUGGCGGAGAACAAUGCCCGCCUGUACGAAUCUCGCUACAACGAAGUGAACGGCAAGUACAACCAGGCCCUGGCCGAUCGCAAAAAGUUCGAGGAUCAGGUGAAGGAGCUUACCCUCGAGAAUGAUCGCCUGCGCCGGCAGCUGGACGAUUUGCGCAAGCAGCUGGAGGCCGAGACCCUGGCCAGGGUCGAUCUGGAGAACCAGAACCAGAGCCUGCGCGAGGAGCUGGCCUUCAAGGAUCAGGUGCACUCGCAGGAGCUGACCGAGACCCGGUCCCGUCGCCAGAUCGAGAUCAGCGAGAUCGACGGUCGUCUGUCGCGCCAGUACGAGGCAAAGCUGCAGCAAUCCCUCCAGGAGCUGCGUGACCAGUACGAGAGCCAGAUGCGCGUCAAUCGCGAGGAGAUCGAGCAGCUGUACGACAACGAGAUCCAGAACCUGAAGGCCGCCGUCUCCAGAGCUGCGCAGGGAUCGGCCCAUGCCACCGAGGAGGUCCGUCUGAUGCGCACCAAGAUCGACGGCCUCAAUGGCAAGCUGCAGGACCUGGAGACCACCAAUUCUGGCCUGAAUGCAUGCAUCAGGGAGCUGGAGAACCUCCUGGACACGGAGAAGCAGAGCCACAACCAGUACAUCGCCUCGCUGGAGGCGGAGCUGCAGCGCAUGCGCGACGAGAUGGCCCACCAGCUGCAGGAGUACCAGGAUCUGAUGGACAUCAAGGUGUCCCUGGACCUCGAAAUCGCCGCCUACGACAAGUUGCUGUGCGGCGAGGAGCGUCGCCUGAACAUCGAAUCCCCCGGCGGCCCCGGCACCGACUCUGGCAUCUCCAGCAGCAACGGCACCCAUCUGAGUGCCAGCGGGGGCUCGCGAUCGGGCCGCGUCACGCCCAGCAACCGUCGCUCGGCCACGCCCGGCAUCUCCGGCUCGACUGCCGUCAAGCGCCGGCGCACGGUGAUCGACGAGAGCGAGGACCGGACUCUGUCCGAGUACUCGGUGAAUGCCGGCGCCAAGGGUGAUCUGGAGAUCAUUGAGGCCGAUGUCGAGGGACGGUUCAUCAAGCUGCACAACAAGGGCACCGAGGAGAUCAGUCUCACCGGCUGGCAGCUGACCCGCAUCGCCGGGGACGAGGAGCUGGCCUUCAAGUUCUCGCGCGGUUCGAAGGUGCUCGGUGGGGCCAGCGUGACCAUCUGGUCGGUGGAUGCCGGCACCGCCCACGAUCCGCCCAACAAUCUAGUGAUGAAGAAGAAGUGGCCGGUGGCCAACUCGAUGCGCUCCGUCCUGGCCAACGCCGACAAAGAGGUGAGAGUCUUGUCGAUAUACAACACGUGCGCCACAUGCGACAUCUGCCGCCCCUGCAGACAUCUCGAGUUUGUGCUCGACCAGAUGUUACCAGCUACGACCGUGUCCGUGCUAACGUUUCCAGCCACGUCUCCCGGCACCGCAGCAGCGGGACGCCGAGCACAGGGUUUACCCUCGGUUCCGGAGCUGGCUCCACUGGCGUAAGAAGUCUCUUCUCUUUGCUCUUCUAAGGGAAAAACCCGGAACUCGAAUCGGACUGGAUCUACAGCCACAGCUCCAACCCACACUCAUCGCAGAGACUCACAGACUUCGGAGACCACCCACCAUUCAUCCACGCACACGGAGAUCUGACAAAGGAAUGGAAAACUGCUUGACAUGCAUAUCACAAGUGUACUACUACUACUGCGUGCCUUUCUUUGGCCUCCUCUACAUGGCGUCACUCUAUAUGUUUCCUAUGCUUAAGUAAAGAACGUGAUCCCCGACUCCCUAUGUUAUGUUUACGCUUAAGUAAAUGAUUUUGCAUUUUGGUAAAUAUACAAAAAAAA